AGCGGAUAAGAAAAGAAAACCUCCAAUUUUGCCUAUACUACUCCAUUAAAUCCACCAGACACAGAGGAAACAGAUAGAGAACGAAGAGAUAUGGCUGCCAUAAGCAUGGCUUGCGUUUCUUCUCAAUGCUUAUCCCUUUCUUCCAAACUCCAAAACCUCACUCUUUCUUCUCCUUCCACUCAAUUACCCAAUUCAGCCCUUAAACCUCUCUCUUUCUCCGCUAACUUUUCGCAGUCUGUUCUUUCUCAAGGAUGCUCUUCUUUUAGCACAUUCCAGCGACGUACCUUUUCAGUGGUUUGUGAGGCGGCCCCACAAAAGACGGCUGAUUCUGCAGCUAAAAGAGCACGCCAAGCAGAGACUCGGCGUCUCAGGAACAAAGCCCGCAAAUCUGAGGUUAAGACUCGCAUGAGAAAGGUUUUCGAAGCAUUAGAUGUGCUGAAGAAGAAGACUGGUCCAGCCCCUGAAGAACUUGUACCGAUAGACAAUUUACUUGCUGAAGCCUAUUCUGCUAUUGACAAGGCAGUGGUGAAGGGUAGUCUACACCGGAACACAGCUGCACGCCGUAAAUCUCGGCUGGCUAGAAACAAGAAGGUUGUGGAGAUCCACCACGGGUGGUACACACCAGUCCCAGCACCAACUACUGUCUAGUCUGCCUUUUGAAUGUAAUUAGAAUUUGAGUUAUAUGACCUUAAAAUCACUUGAUGUUGUAAUGUUGUAGCCCUCAAUAUCAUUUUUGCAACGCUAUUAUAGUCAUUUGGUAACCAA